AUGGCUUUCCGAAUUUUGGCGGGUAUUACUCGAGGCCAAGUCUUGGCUGGAGGCGUUGCUCUCGGAGGAACAGGCCUUGCAGCAUCACUGAUUGAGAAAGACAGUCAAAAACUGCAGGCUACUGAAGCACAAGUCCAGUUCCAUACCUCCUCCAUUCACCCAACACCUGUUGGCUUCAGUCCUUGGCAGAUCCGCAACGAUUAUCCCACUUCAGACAUUCUCAAGGGCCGCCUUAAGGAACAGAAGGAUGGUUCCCUUCCCCAUGCUCCCUCACCACUAAUCCCUGCCCCCGGAUUCGGCGAUGACUUUGAGGGCAAGAAUGCGCCAUGGCUCAAGGUCGACUACGAAAAAGACCCUGAACUGUUUGCCAAGAUCAUCAGGGAGUAUUGCUUCGAUGGCAAUGUCGACACGGAGUUCCGACUCAAUGAGAACAAGAUCCGAGAUUGGUAUCAUGCGCCUUGGAUGCAUUAUCGGGACCCAAACUCGAGCUGUACCGAGCGCGAACCCAUCAAUGGCUUCACCUUCGAGAGAGCGACACCUGCCAAAGAAUUUGCUGCGACGCAAAAAGAGGCCUUGCAAAAUUGGGCAGUUGGAUUCUACAACGCUACUGGUGCUACUGUCUUUGGCGAUAUGUGGAAGGACCCCGAUAACCCAGAUUUCUCCCAGAACAAGGAGUUUCCUGUCGGAACAUGUGUUUUCAAGAUCUUGCUGAACAACUCGACGCCUGAGCAGAUGCCCAUUCAAGACGGGGCCCCAACAAUGCAUGCAGUCAUUUCCAAGUCAACAAAGAAUGGCAAAGAUCGAAAUGACUUCGCAUCACCACUUCGUCUGAUCCAGGUCGACUUCGCUGUCGUCGAUAAACGCUCACCAAUUGGAUGGGUCUUUGGCACUUUCAUGUACAACAAAGACGAACCAGGAAAAGGCCCUUGGGACAAACUCACUCUUGUCGGCCUCCAGUGGGGCAAUGACCAUUGGUUAACGAACAAGGUCUAUGAGGAGACCAAGGCCGAGGGCCGCGUGGCUAAGCCGCGAGAAUGUUGGAUUAACCCCGUAGCAGAGAAGAUUCGAAUCCGAGAGGGCGGCACACGACCUUCAUGGGGAUGGAACGGCCGUAUGAAUGGUCCAGCCGACAACUUCAUCUCGGCAUGCGCCUCUUGUCAUUCAACAUCGACAUCUCAUCCCAUGUAUAAUGGCAAGGUCAUCAAUGGCGUGAAGCAAACCUACGGCAUGGUACCACCACUUACCAUGGCGACUUCUCCCCAGCCAAAGACAGGCUACACCUUCAGUGAUGUGAUGAUUUACUUCCGAAACGUCAUGGGUGGUGUACCAUUUGACGAGGGAGUCAACCCCAAGAACCCGGAUGAGUAUGACCCUAGCUACAAGAGCAAAGUCAAGAGCGCCGACUACUCUCUUCAAUUGCAAGUUGGCUGGGCGAACUACAAGAAGUGGAAGGAGGAUCACGAGACCUUGGUGCAGAGUGUCUUCCGCAAGACAAGAUAUGUUGUUGGUUCGGAGUUGGCCGGUGCCUCCGAUCUGUCGCAGAGAGACCAGGGUCGACAGGAACCGAGGGACGAUGGUCCGGUCGAGUGA